AUGGGUCUUAUGGGUAACCAUAAUACCCAUAACCCGACGUGGGUAAUUCACGUUGUCCACAUCGCAAAGAGGGGGACGCCACAAUCAACAAUCCCGCCAACACAACCACCGAAAACCCAAGACCAGCCGCAUACGCCACCCGCCCAAAAACAACCCACUCAACGGCCCACUACCCCUAUUCCACCGCCAGAACCAGUCAAACAAGAAAGCGGAGACUAUGCCACGAACGGCGAGAGCCCUCCGGUCAUCAAAUCUCCUCAAGCAGCCUCUCCACCGAUCAGAACGCCGGUACAUCAAAGAGCGAUAUCUCUCCCACCAGCGCCACCUGCCGAACGGCCGAGACCUGUACCACAAGCCCCACAAAGACCGAUAGGGUAUUCACAGAGCGAAAGACUUCCGAAUCGGGAGAGACCGACGCUUAAUAGGCAGAUGAGCAGGAAGGAGGUAAUUAAGAAAUAUAUAAGAAAAGAAACUGCAAAUUUCUUUGGGGUAGACGAAGAAAAGGAAGAAGAACAAAAAAUGAGGUGGUACGAUAGACGUAGAAGAAUGGCUUAUAGAACAAUGGGCCCUUUAAAAGAAGAAUACUGUACGCCGAGUAUCAGCCGUUUUUCGCAACACCAUCGACGCACUCACUCCGAGGCAGCGCCUCCUCCAUCGCAGAUAGGAUCCGGUCAACUGACGACGGAAAGACCCGAUGUACUACCAGGUCCAUCGGAUAUUCCAGAUUCAACCACGGUGCCUCCUGAACCUGUUCGAACUGAACCUUCCUUAAGACGAAAAGACUCCGUAGCUAGAAUGACUUGGGAUGGAUUGUCCUAUGUUGUAACAACUUUAACAAGGCAUAGACCCAGGCCGAGAUCUCAACAAUCUACUUGGUCUCGCAGUUUUCCACCAGAGACACCUUCAGUCGCGUCGUCGCCAGAAGAACAGACUUUCUUCCAAAAACCUGUCGUCCCCAGUUCACCACGUACACCUGAAGCGGGAGACGCCAUAGAUAGUUCAGAAGCAGUAGUACCAAGAUACAGGGAAAGAAGUGAAAGAGUAAGGUAUGCAGAACCGCCAAGUGCCUCUGGAUGGAGGAUAGAACACGAUCACGACGACGUAGUUUUAAGGCACGGAGAAAACAGACCUAGCAUUGGGAGGUCUCGGAUCACAACCAGUAUGUUAGAGAGAGCAUUAGACAAUUCCGAUCGAAGACAAUAUGGAAUGGGUCUUGUUGGAAGGAUGUUUGCGCGUUCGUUCAGAAAAUCAGUAACACAAGACGAUAAGGUUCGAGAACAACUUGAUGACAUGGAGGACCACCGACCGAUGUUUACUUAUUGGGUGACCACUGUGCAGAUUUUAGUACUUUUCAUUUCUAUUAUUUGUUACGGAGUUGGACCUUUUGGAGUCGACCUUCAGUCAAGAUCGGGACAAGUUUUGGUGACUAGUUUGUCUUUGCAACAGGUGGACUAUAUGGAACCUGCAAACUUUUGGUUGGGACCUAGAGCUGGUGACCUUAUUCAUUUGGGAGCGAAGUUUGCGCCUUGUAUGAGAAUCGACAAUAAAAUAAAAAAGGAAAUAGAUAAAAUCCAGGCCAAAGAAAGAGAAACCGCAUGCUGUAUCAGAAAUGAUGACUCAGGAUGUGUCCAAUCAUCGCAAGCUGAUUGUUCAUUGAGAGGAUUACGGCCAACGAAAACGAUUUCUACGUGGAAGAAAUGGAAAAUGGGUGACUCAGGUCCUGGGGGCAGGAUAUCUGGUUCAGUAUGCGGUUUGGAUCCUAAAUUUUGUGACGCUCCCGCCAGCGUCCAUCCUUACGAAUGGCCGGACGAUAUCACGAAAUGGCCGAUUUGUCGAAAAACCAACACUCAGUCCUCGGUUCAGAAAAUUAACGGUGGGCCACGCGACAAACUCGCUGAACACAUGGUCUGCGAAGUCAUAGGACAUCCUUGUUGCAUCGGAAUUCACGGCCAGUGUAAAAUAACAACAAAAGAAUACUGUGAUUUUGUUCAAGGGACAUUCCACGAAGAGGCAUCGCUUUGUUCACAAGUGUCUUGCUUAAACGACGUCUGUGGAAUGAUCCCGUUCUACUUUCCCGACGUGCCUGAUCAGUUUUACAGGUUAUGGACAUCGCUGUUCCUACAUGCUGGAGUACUUCAGUUAGUCAUCACUGUUCUCAUACAAUAUUUUUUAAUGAUAGACCUGGAAAAAUUGACUGGCAGUUUAAGGAUAGGAAUAAUUUAUAUUGGGUCCGGAGUGGCCGGCAAUCUGGCUAGUGCUAUUUUUGUACCUUAUCGUGCAGAUGUCGGCCCCUCUGGCUCCCAGUUCGGACUGCUCGCCUGUUUGAUAGUGGAAGUGCUAAACGCAUGGCCGAUGCUAAAGCAUCCCAAUCAAGCCUUGUGCAAGCUCCUCUCCAUUACUCUGGUGCUCUUCUUUGUCGGUUUAUUACCGUGGGUCGACAACUACGCCCAUCUAUUUGGUUUCGUAUUCGGCUUCCUUCUAUCCUACGCCUUUCUACCAUUCAUAUCCUUCGGCAAAUACGACAGACACAAAAAGAUAUUUCUGAUAUGGGUGUGCCUAGCUGCCGCAUCCAUCCUCUUCAUCUGUCUGGUACUCUUAUUUUAUAUCAUACCAGUUUACGACUGCAAGGUCUGUUCGUAUUUUAAUUGUUUACCUAUCACUAGAGAUUUCUGCGCGUCUCAGAAUAUUAAUUUUAAAAGGGAGGAGCCCAUAGUAUGACAAAAGAGUAUACGGUUUUUAACCGUAUAUUUUGUUUUGUUUAUUUUUGUUGACGAACGGAAGUGAUCAUUUAUUUUCACUUUUUAAAUAAUUUUGUCUUGCUGUUGACUAAUUAAACAAGCUAGAGAGAUAGUUAUUUGUCAAAAUGAUUAAAAAAUAAAUAAAACUCAAAUAUUUAAUUAACAAAAACUAUGAGAUAAACAUAAGUUACCUAGUUUUUAGUUAGUUUCAUUUUCUAAUCAUGGACAUCUUUGAGUUUGAUUUAAAACAAAAAUUUAGUUACAAAAUAGAUUGUUCUUCCAUUUAAAGACAAACCAAAACAAUUUUGACCACACAUGAGGUGGAUACAAGAUGUAAAAGUAAAACGUAUUUAAAUAUGAUGCUGAAAGAGAAUUCAUCUUAUCGGUAAAAGAUCUCAUUUCUGAGAAUUUUUCAUUUGAUUAAGCUUCUAAUUUUAUAGAUAAAAACACCUUGUGUACUUCAAACGUUUUAGACUAGAAUUACGAAUCAAUUUGACCUGCUAUAAAGCCUGCGUGAACUGCAAGAUAUAUUCAAAAUUAAAAAUUAUUUAUAUUGACUCUUUAUGGGGUCUCAUACCUGUAACAACACCUGUAGAGUAGCUUGUAUAAAAGUAUUUUAAUUAUAUUUGAUGAUAUAGUAUCGACAAAAAUGGUUAUGAUGAACAUAAUAUGACAAUAGGAUCUAAAAACGGCGUAAAGGUACAUAAAAAAAUGCAAAAAAGAGCGUGACAUAUGUAGGACACCUGAAAACCGAAGUUUUUGUAGCUUCUAUAUAAAAUCCAAUUAUCUUAUAUAACUGAGUUUAGGUGUAUAAUUGUAGGGGAGCCCAAGCGGGGAUUUUUGCUAUUACUCGAGCGCGUCAGAUUAUCAUACGGGGAGAAACCUGGUACCCUGCAGAUGUACCUCUACCAUAUAUUGGCUCUUAACACAGGGAAGUUCGUUAAGGGGGGCCCGAAAAAAAAUCUAUCCUUAAAAAUACUCGAAAUUGUCAGAUUAAGAUAAGGUAAGUUAAGUACAUGCAAAAGAGUGUAUGUUUGAAAAAUCGGACGAUUUGAGCGGGGCGUAAGGAAAUGGGCGAGUCAAAAAGUUUUACAAAAAAAAGCGAAUAUUUCGCGAAAUGAACGUCAGAUCAAAAAACUAAAAAAUACGUCUUCAAUAUUUUUCAAAAAUCUAUCGAAUGGUACUAAACGUGACUCCCCACGAAGAGGGGUGGGGGUAAAUUUUAAAUUUUAAAUACAAACCCCGCGAUAUUUCGCAAAAUGAACAUCAGAUCGAAAAACUUUAAAAUACACUUUCAAAAUCUAUCGAAUGGUACCAAACACGACCCCCCCACGGAGGUAGGAUGGGGGUUAUUUUAAAAUCUUAAAUGGGACCCCCAAAUUUUUAUUGCAGAUUUGGAUUCUUUACGUAAAAAUAAGCAACUUUUAUUCGAGACAUUUUUUCGAAUUAUGGAUAGAUGGCGCUAUAAUCGGAAAAAACGAUUGUUAGAAAUGGAAAAUUAAAUUAAAAAAUGGAAAGCGCCCACUAAUAUGGAAAAUUUUACUUAACUUCUUUUGAUUUUAGGACCUAAUAAUCACAACCCAAUAUGUCCCCAUAACGCUCGAGUGACUGCAAAUUUAGCAUACGUUGCUCCCCUACCAUAAAUAAAGUUUUAUUAGAAUGUUCUAAAAAAUAUAAAAAGAAUAAUUCUUACUGGUAUCGUAAAAUAAAAUUUGAUUAGACGAUUUCAAAAUUGUAUUUUGUGAAUUUCGAAAAAAAAACAGUAAGAGCGUCUACGAUAGGCACUACUUGUCUUCGUAUUUUGUUACCUUCUUGCGCUCACUCGCACGUUCAAUAAUAAUAUAAUGCUUGUAUCGCAGCAUGUGUCUCAAUACAGAUCAUAAUCUUUCAACUAUUCUAAAAAAUCUUUUAAAUUUACGCACUUGCCUUAAGUUGCGUUUUCUUAAUAAAAUCAGUUAUGCUGCAGGUUAAAGUCUCUGCUCUAUAAGUUUGUACGGACAAAAUACAUUGGUUAUAACCCUUUGCUUGAGACACAUGGGAAUUCAACCUUUGAGAAUAAUAUGGCUUAGUUUGUCAAAUGCUGCCCAUGUCAGGCCUAUUCGCCUCUGUAUUUCAUGUGUUUGAUUGUCUCUGCUUAUUUUGAUCUCGUGGCCUAGAUAUUUGUAGGUGUCCGUUUGUUGCUCUUCUUCUUCUUCUUCUUCCUAUUCUACUUUGUAAAAAGGCUCAAUGCAUGUUUUACUUCGGUUUUUAGCCUUAAUAUGCCAUACGAUAAAUAAAUGCUAUUCGUACUAUUCUAUUUUCUGUCAGUCUUUUUAUGUGUUGAUUCCAUUCUAUUUUUCUUCUUUUGGUGCACAUGUUUAUUUCUUCUAUACCACAUCUCGCUCGUAUUUCCUCACUUCUUACUCUGUCUUUUAGAGUUUGUUUUGCUAUUUUUCGUAAGACUUUUUGCUGUUUCCAGCAGUCUUUGUGUUUUCGCCGUAUCUGCUCUUGUUUCCGCUGUGAACGUCAUUAUCGGUCUUAUUGUUGAUUUAUAUAUCCUGGUUUUAGUUUCCGUUGUGAGGUAUUUGUGUUGUUGAUUCUGCAGAUUGUGUCGUUGAGACAUCCUGCUGCUCUUUUCGCCAUGUUUACUUGUUUUUGUACUUCUUCCACUUUUCCGUAGCUUGACAGUUUUAUUCCCAAGUAUGCUGUUUUCAUCACUUAUUCUAUUAUUUUGUUAUUUACAACCAGUUUACAUCGUCUCGGUUCCGCUGAUAUCACUAUCGAUUUAGUUUUCUCUGUUGAGAUCACCAUGUUGUAUAUGAGUGCCGUGUCCUCGAAUUCUUUAAUUAAUCUUUGUAGGUCAUCUUCAUUUUCGGCUGUGUCUGUUCGUUGUAUGGUAUUAUUGUCAAUAGUUAUAUUUCCACUCAUUACGAGAUUUGUCAUAAGUUUAUUUUUCUCAGGGUUUAUUUUUAAUCAUUUAUUUUUUAAUGUUUAAAUUAAUUAUUUUUAAUGUAUCAUAGAAACCGUAUCUUGGAAGUUAUCUACGAUUAACACAAUAUCAUCUGCAAGCCUCAGAUGAUUUAAUCUUUCUCCAUCUAUAUUGAUACCCUUAUCUUGCCAUUGGAUGUUCUUAAAUAUUGACUCUACAGCUGCCGUGCCAAAAAUUGAACCUAAGGCAGACACAACCUGCGCCGGCGGGACGGGUGACCCGUGCAUUUAUUUUUCUAGCGUGACGCAUAUUGAACACAACCUAUCCCAACCGUUGGCUAUCGACGUGGCGAAUAGAGACGGGCAAAAUCAGUGCGGGCAUGGAACGCUUACUUUUGAUACCGGUUCUCAGUGGUACUGAGUACAAAUACUGAUUACAAAAUACUGAUGUAUCUGAUCCUUGUACUGAAUUGGGUAGACAACGUAAAAUCGGUAUUUCCGUACUUGUAACUAGUAACGUUUUAAAAAUAUCUUACACGUCCCUAGUAGUCGUAGCGGUAUGACUUUCGAAAACAUCGAAUUUGAUUAUAAGCAGGUGCAUAAAAAAUAUCUUACACUUAGGGCCGGUUGUUCGAACGCUAAUCAAAAAUGAUCAUUAUCAAAUAUUUAAUUACUGUCACAACUGUCAAUGUCAACUUUGAUUGGGUUGCUGAAAACAUAAUUAUUGAUUAAAAUUAUGAAAUUAGUUAAUCAAUUAUGUUAAUAAUUGUUAUGUUAAUUGAUUAACUAAUCUCAUAAUUAUAAUCAAUUAUGUUUUCAGCAACCCAACCAAAGUUGACAUUGACAGUUUGUGACAGUAAUUAAAUAUUUGAUAGUGAUCAUUGUUGAUUAGCGUUCGAACAACCGGCUCUGAGUAUUUUAUUUCUGCACAUAAGGUGGAGUGGGGUAAGAUCAUAAACGGGGCAAGUUCGUAUUAGCUCUGAGGGCCGGUUGUUCGAAAGCUAAUCAAAAAUGAUUAUUAUCAAAUAUUUAAUUACUGUCACAACUGUCAAUGUCAACUUUGAUUGGGUUGCUGAAAACAUAAUUAUUGAUUACAAUUAUGAAAUUAGUUAAUCAAUUAUGUUAAUAAUUGUUAUGUUAAUUGAUUAACUGAUCUCAUAAUUAAAAUCAAUUAUGUUUUCAGCAACCCAACCAAUGUUGACAUUGACAGUUGUGACAGUAAUUAAAUAUUUGAUAGUGAUCAUUGUUGAUUAUCAAAUAUUUAAUUACUGUCACAACUGUCAAUGUCAACUUUGAUUGGGUUGCUGAAAACAUAAUUAUUGAUUACAAUGAUGAAAUUAGUUAAUCAAUUAUGUUAAUAAUUGUUAUGUUAAUUGAUUAACUAAUCUCAUAAUUAUAAUCAAUUAUGUUUUCAGCAACCCAACCAAAGUUGACAUUGACAGUUGUGACAGUAAUUAAAUAUUUGAUAGUGAUCAUUGUUGAUUAGCGUUCGAACAACCGGCCCUAAAUCUAUUAUAAGAUACAUUUAAUUGUACAAAUUAAUAAGUAGAAAUCUGUACUAGAUUAGUAUGAACUGAUUGACAUAGAUGUCUCUCACUUAGAAGUAAUUCUGCCACUAUUUUGCCAUUUAUAAAAUCUGAGUACAUGAGUAUAGUAGAUAUCUAACCUAGAGCUGCUGAAGAAAGUGCCGGUAUUUUACAGCAAAUUUUGUGUCUUGUGCAUUUAUUUUUGGAAAGAACAUUGCUUAAAGUUUACGUUAAAGAAAUAAAUCCUUUCGAUUAUUUGAAAUUUACUGAAAAAAUCACUACUCUAGUCUUGCACCGCAAACAUUAGUGCACGGGGCAAGUUAGGAGCAUGUAGCGGGGUAAGACCGGACUUGUGCUUUUUCCAGUCAAUUUUAAAUAAAUUUUAUUGAGUUUUAAAUAGCUGUUUACGGAAUAGUUAGUGUUUUUUCUAAUUUUUUAUAAGUUCUAAUUUCCAAUGUAAAUUGGUGUUUUUGGUAAUGCAAAUUAAAGUGUAUUAAUGUUACUUCACGUUGAUACCAAGAAAAUGUUAAAUAUUUUAAAUAUAAUAUACAAAAACAUUAUUAAAGUCAAACUUAACGAAAACCGGUUUGAACUUACCCACCUUAAUACCUACAUAUUUAAAAUAAUAUCUCCCCUACUACUCGGUCAUAAAUCAUAUUCCUCAAUUUACUACUCGGAUCACAAUCAUUUACAAUUACUGCAGGAUCGCAAUCAUUUACAAUAAUUACUUCAGGUCAUAAUAAUUCAUAAUCCCUCCGCUACUGAUCGCUCAUAAAAAAUAACAGUAUCUGCAUAUUUCGUUUUUAAUUUUUAAGCAUAAAAAUGUAAUAUGUAAUAAACAAAAAUCUAAUAUGCCGACAAGUUGAAUUUUAGGGUAAUACGAUAUUUUUAUCGAUCACGGUUUUAAGUAACAUGAAUAAUUUUUCACCUUAUUUUUCUAAUUAUGUGUUUUUGUAAAGGCAUAACUUUGAUUAUUAAUUUCGUAUCGCCGCUCAUUUAGUCUACCAAAAGUUAUCAGAAUUUAAUGACAAAGACAACGCAGUUUUUACUCGGGGUGUUGACUAUGCUAAUAUUUUUAUUGAUCAUAAUAAAUGGUACUUAGGUACCAUCCGUAUUCAUUUCAGAUAAGUCCAUCUCGCAAACAAAAACAAGUAAAAAUAAACAUCUGGCGGUGAGUCACGCAUCCCACGGCCCAAGAAAACUGUAAAACUGUACGCCGAUGACAAACGUUCCCAAGCGAGACCUGCGAACGAAUGCACUGAUAGUAGGAUGCGCAGAACUGUCUACGCAGUUAGCUGGUGCAGGUUGUGUCUCGCUUAGGUUCAAUUUGCGCCGGGCCUUAAGGUCAAUCCAUUGAGAAAAACUUCCUUUACAAACCUGCUGUGGUAUCACUUUUUCGCAUUCAGAUCUCCAGCUUGAAAGCGAGUUAAGAAGCUCAGCUUCAAAAAUGUAUACGGAACUUUUUAGAAUGCUAGAAGAGAUGACAGUAUUUAAUCAACACCAAUAAAGAACAAAUUUUUGACGUUUCUAUUUCUUGAUCAGUUAUGAUUUUGAUUGGUUAUGUAAAUAUACUAUUACAUAUCACUUUGGCAAAUAAAUAUCUUCUCAAAACACUUUAGAAAGGUUGUAUUGAAAUGUAAGAUGACAUAUCGUGUUGUAGAAAAAUGCGCCAGUAUUUAGUCAACAAGCCACAAAAAUUAUUUGAAUCAUUACAAAUGUAUUAUAAAUUUAACCUUUUUGUUUUAUUUAUUUGCUCAAUAAAUAUACUGUUUUUUUGUU